UCAAAACUUUCUAAUAAUUUAAAAAAUUUAAUGUAUGAGCUAUUGACAGCUAAUAAGGAUCGUGUAGUUGAUAUAUUUCAAGAAUUUGCUACGUCAUAUGAAGAUGGAGCAUUAGCAUCUUUAAAUUAUAAUUAUUCAAAUAUUGCUGAAGAAGAUUGGCAUAGUGCAGGAGAAAAUACAAAUGCUGCUGAGUCAGCACAUGCCGAUGCUAAUCGAGAAGGAACUCAAAUGAGUUUAUUGCUUGCAAUUAGAAA